AUGUUGAAAGACACUCGUAAGAACAUCCUUACGUGCGAGACCUGCAUCCCAGAGGUUGAAACUUUCCUCAAGGCCAUCGAGGCAAAGGUCAAGAGCCCCCGCGUGACCGGCCUGCCCGCUUUCAUCCGCAAACUCCGCAAAGAGCACGACCUCCUGAAACUUGUGGAAUCCGAGCUCGUGGACGAAAAGCAAGACGAACACGCACUGAGUCUGCUAAACCGAAAGCUUGUGGCUAGUGCCACCAUUGUACAACAUGCAGCCGUUCACUGGGACAUACUCAAGCGCUGCCGCUCCUUUCUCGUCAUUGACCAGACCUUUCAGGGGUCGGCCAAGGAAGACCGCAAGAAGCAGGUCUCUCAAGUUGCCGGCGAUGGGAGGGAGAAGCAGCGGGUGAACAGGACCCUCAAGGAGCAGGCCAAGGUGGAAGUCGACGUGGUCCAGGGAGGGAGGGAGUGGCUCGACAUUCGAUGGCUUCAGGCGGACAGGCUGGCACGGCAAAUGACCGACUGCGGCUGGGCAUGGGGCGACUACAGUCUUGGAGAUGUUGUCGAUCCAGAAGAGUGGGAGGACACGCCUCUUGCCAAGCAGGUAAAGAGGCUCGUUGCUGCGGCCAAGAUGAACCGGCACGAGUAUCGGAUACCUCGACUACGCAUCGUCUUUCCGAAUCUCAGCAGGGGGGAAAACGAAGAUGUGGAUGUCUUCUUAGAACAACUCUGUCGUAUCGACCCCUUAGUCGAUAUCGUUGUCGAAGAUGCCAGUAGCGAGUUCAUGCAGACACCACCCCCUCCCCUCCAAGAGGCCAUACACAACCUCCUCGGAAACGAAUUUGAUGGCCUGACAGACACCCUGAAUAUGGACCACACCAUCCUCGUCGACCUCAUCUCAGACAUUACCCACCUCCAGCUGCAACCCCAGCCAUGGCAAGCCCAAACAACGCGGCUGCAGAUCGAAGAAGAGAGACAACACGGCGGCGUCAUGGUCCGCGCGCUGUAUCCCAUCCUGCAGGGCCGUACCCUCGUCUGCACGCAGGAAGCAGCAGAACACUUUCACCAAGUCCUCGGCACCGUCGGCACCGCAACGGAAAGGGAGCGCGGGAGGCUCUUGGUGCCCUUUGGGGAUGUCGACACUCGCGAGAUGUCAACCGAGGAGAUUCGCAAACGCUUCGCACAGCUCUCCAUUCACGAGCUCCCUGAUGAUCUGCAACUUCCCAUCAAGAUACUGGAAGAGACAUGGACGAUGGACACGGUGACUCAGGCGGUAGCAGACGGACGGCUGCCCCAGGUUGCCCUCGACGUCGCCAAGUGCGGCGCUUUCAAGAGCUCCAAGCUGAGCAUCUACAUGUACGGCUGGGCCACGGGCAACAUCACCGUCACGUCGAACAAGGAAGUCCGCGGCCAGAUCCGCACAUGGGUCGAGUCUAACAGACGCCAUGACGAGGAACGCGGCCCGGCCAUCUGGCGCAUCGACGUGACGAGGAAUCUGUUGGCCAAGAGCGCCACGCCGCCGGCAACGGUCAAGACGGAGAAGAACAGCCUGAAUGGGGACACAACGAUGAGACAGAGAUGA